AGAUCAAUGAACCGGGCGGGUUCCUGAAACUGGUUAGGCGACCCAAGGUGGCACAAACCUUGGACAUCUUUUACUGUUAAAGUUCAUAUUUCAUUGAGACACAUAACAUAGGCUUCAUUACUGAAGGCAAUCCAAGCCUCCAUACAAACCGUGUGCUAUGUGGAUCAUUUAUGCGCUCUAAAGAAAUCCGGGAUAGGUCCUACACAUCGACUGCAAGACAUUUCAUCUAAAUACUUUUUGCCAUUAACGAGUCUCGAAAACCAAGGAAUUAAAAUGAUAUUCGCCAACACUGCCAACCCAAUGAGGACUCCGUACCGUAAGCAGCCUGCUGCCACGACUGCCCACCCCAUGGCUCCACCCAGCCCCAGUACCAACGGCACCAGCAACGGCAACAGCAGCAGCAGCAGCAGCAGCACCACUGGAUGGGAGCAGCUCAGCAAGACCAAUCUAUACAUCCGUGGCCUUCCACCGUCCACCACAGACCACGACCUGGUGAAGCUUUGUCAGCCGUAUGGCAAAAUUGUGUCCACGAAAGCCAUCCUUGAUAAGACGACAAACAAAUGUAAAGGUUACGGGUUUGUAGACUUUGACAGUCCAGCAUCUGCACAGAAGGCUGUCUCAGCGCUGAAGACCAGCGGUGUCCAGGCACAGAUGGCAAAGCAGCAGGAGCAGGACCCCACCAACCUGUACCUGUCCAACCUGCCUGUUUCUGUGGAUGAGCAGGAGUUGGAAAGCCUGCUCAAGCCCUUUGGCCAUGUGGUGUCCACACGCAUUCUCAGAGACACGCAUGGCAUCAGCCGUGGAGUGGGCUUUGCCAGGAUGGAGUCAACAGAGAAGUGCGAUGCUGUCAUCUCCCAGCUCAACGGCAAGUUCAUCAAGACAGCAAGUCUCAUGGGUUCCUCUGAGCCGCUGCUCUGUAAGUUUGCAGAUGGAGGCCAGAAGAAGCGACAGAUUCAGGGAAAAUACACCCCCAACGGGAAAGUGUGGUCUCGGGAGGCUGAGGGGAGACUGAGUGGAAUGACCUUGACGUAUGACCCCACCACUGCCACCAUGCAGAAUGGGUACUACCCUCCUCCCUACAAUAUGGGCAGCAGACUGGUGCCUCAGACCGCUGUGACUCCCUAUAUCUCUCCUGUUUCCACGUACCAGGUGCAGAAUCCUCCUUGGAUGACACAUCAGCCUUACAUCAUGCAGCACCCGGGAGGGGUUUUGUCGCCCUCUAUGGAGCACCCCAUGGCACUGCAGCACUCCUCCAUCAUGGCUCCUCUCACACAGCAGAUGGGGCAUCUGUCUCUGGGCAACACGGCAGCGUUCAUACCUGCCAACGCCGGGAUGCAGGGUGGCUACAUCCCCCAGUACACACACAUUCAUGCUUCCGCCGUACCCGUCGAGGACAAUUCAACUCCCAUUGAAUCAUCCAGUGAUCAUUCAACGUACAGUUAUCAACCCAGCAAGUAGUAAUAAGGGAUCAGUGAUCAAGGAGUGGGAACAGAAGUAACAUUAUUUCCAUGGAAACAAACUAGCUUUCUCCAGGAGGAUGUGACAUCACAUCCACACCACAUUUUUUCCUGGAAAAGUCUCAACUGAAAAUGGAAGUAACGUCAGCAAAACUCCUUUUGAACUUUGGUGACUGCAACUCUUGCAGACUUGGGUUGACGAAGACAACCGGGGGCAAGUUUAUUUGUUUUUCAAAAAAGAAAUGAAAUGUCAAGUGAUUCACAUCUUUUAUAAGGACAUAAUUGUGCUUACAUGUGCACAACCAUUCUUUUUUGUUUUGUUUUUAAGUGUGACACAAACACCCCUGUGACCAGUGUGCUAAAGUGAAGAUGACAAGGUUUGAUGCUUUUCCUUAUCAAACUCCCCUCUUGAACUCUUUUUUUUUUAAUUGGUUUUAAAAUUAGUAAGAAAUGUGUGCUGUUCCAAUGAAAUAAAAAAAAACAUGAGCAAACAAAAAUAGCUAAAAAAAAAAAUCCAAUCCCAUUCCCAAUCCCAAUUGCUUUCCCUUGCUGUGGUUAUGGGGCUGACAUUCGCAUGCAGUGAUUUGAGUGAAACUUAAAAAAAAAAAAAAAGAACCCACGAACCUAGCUGGUUUUAUACUAGGAUGCACUGUGUGUGUGUAUGUGUGUGUGUGUGUGUGUGUGUGUGUGCGCGCGCCGUGUGUUUGUGCACACACAUGUUUGUGUUUGCGUGGCUAUGAGAGUGUGUUUGAAUAUUCUGCAGUUUGAGCUUCCUUCAAAUCUUUGCCUUCUAAGUCUGAUGUGAUGUUGUAGUUUUAGGUAAAAAAAGUUGUUGUCUUGGGUGGGUGGUCUGGGGACAGGGCUCAAAGGUUGUUGUGGGGGAGGGAGGGAAGGUUGGGGAUUUGGAGCUCAGCAUGGUGGGGAGAGGGUAUAUGAUAAAAGAGAUUUUAUAUUUCACACAGGUGAUUUUUGUCUUUGGGUGGGAGGAAGGCUAGCAAUUAGCAAGGCCUGUGGAAAUGUUUAUUUCUAACUCUGUGAUGAAAAUGCAAUACAGGCGUUAAUUCAAUCCAGCACCUUAGCUGCUAAAUGUCAUUGUGCGUUAGCAGCUAAACUGCAUUGUUUGAGUUUCCCUCCAUCACUUUCACUAUUUUCCAAUGAACUGGAAAAUUCUUUGGCAACCAGGGCAUGUAUGAAAUGAUCUCUUGCCCAGAACAGCAUCAUCUCCCAAAAGUCUCAAUAGUUAAGCAAUACUUUCCAAUGGUUAAAUUCAUAUUGUCUGCACCUGAUUUAAUUUUGUUGUUGGUAACUACAUCCAAGGUAUUCUGUGAUGUUGUUUAGACUGUGCUUUCAUUUGCUUGACAUUGUGUUGCUCCACAAAGUGGAAAAGGGAAAUUGGAUGGACAGCUACCUGUGUGUUUGAAAAACUGGCAGUAUGUAGUUUUUGUUGUUGAAGGUGGGGAAAUGCAUGACGUUUAAAAGCAAGGCAUAUGAAAAAUGACUCCUUAUAUUGCCAUACCUUUCAUGCCUUCUUUUUUUGUUUCAGGGUUUUUUGCAUUUGCAUCUGAAACACAGACAGAGGAUAGCUAUAUAUAUAUAUAUAGAGAGAGUUUUCUCAUCAUCAGAAACUACACACUGCACCUGCAAACAAAUAGGAGAACAAAAAGAGAUGAACAGUUAAAAUCUCCCUCAGAAUACAUCAGUGUUUUCUGUCCUCCCUUGAAGCACCACAGGAUCAGUCACUUAUACCUGAUUCACAUCCUGCCUCUGGCUGAAUACACCUCAUCAAAUCCAAAAACAGAGCCAAAGGAUUCCGGCCUGGUCUGAGGUCACUUGGGCAUGGCAUGCAAUUCAUUGUGACCUCUAAUUUUGUAGUGUUUAUUCCAUUAUCACAGAAUAUAAACUGACUUCCAUAUACAUUUAUGGCUUUUUUUUUUGAUCGAUUGAUUUGAAAAUGUCUCAGCUUUUGUCUUUGGCCAGAAGCUGGCUAUGGAGACACUCAUUUGUCAAUGUAUCUGAGGGAGAAUCUCUAAACACCUCUCUUUUCUGAAGGGAAAUCAACAUCACACAGGAGAACAGAAAAUUACCAAAGACCAUCAAAUGAUAGACCUCGCUGGAGAGUUAGAUCAGACAGUCACUGUGCAGAAUCCAGUUAUGUCUCCUUGACACCCAAAGGUAGAAUUUUGACCAGGGUUAGAUUCUUCCCUGUUGGCUGUCCUUGUCAUAGUUUGUCAUAUGUUGGAAGUUUGAAGGACUGGACUAGCAUGUAGUUUGGAUAUUGUGCCUUUUUUGUUCCCCUGCAUUUAGGUUCAGUUCAAUUUCUUCACAGGCCGGCCUACAUUGAUGCAGUAAAGGUUUAAGUUAUGUGACACUAUGUGAACCAUGACGACUUAGUCCUUAAAAGUCCUUAUUUAUAAAACAUGGUCUGUUUUUAUUUGUUUUUGUAACACAGAAAUGGGGCAGUUUUAUUAGGAUCAGGCAAUAACACAGGAAACCGCUAGUUCAUAGCUACGCCAAGACACAGACUUGUUUGAAUGCUCCUAACGAACUGAAGCUGAGAAGGGCUUUCUUUCCUUAUUAUUGAUUAAGGCUUUCCAUUUGAUCAACUCAAUGAACUAUAGAUAUAAAAAAUAUUGUGGUGAAGGAGUUAGUAUGGAGUGGUUGUUUUUGAUGUAACGGUCUGCAUGGCCGAUGAACUACCUCAGAGUUGCAUGAGCUCUGUGUUUUUUGUUGGGGUGUGGGGUGGGGGGCAUGCAGGUUCAGUCCCUCCCACUCCAGAAGUCCCUCUUACAGAGCACAGGUCCAGCUCUGGAGCUGGACACUACACUACAGGAAACCUCUUCUUCAUCUUCAUCUUCCUCCUCUUCUUUGUCCUCCUCCUUCUCUUCCACCUCUUCUCUGAGGAAGCGUCCAGUUUUUAGAUUAGGUUAUUUUUCUUUCUUUUUUUGUAACAUGGCUGAUGGUCUUUGGUUGGAAGACUGUGGCCACCUAUGUAUUGAAGGUGCUUGACCUGGUCUAUUUGGUUGUUGCUUCUGCCAACCAUUGUGAUAUGUGCUGAAUUUUGGGCACCGAGAGAGACUUGAAUGAAUGGAUAAUAUGGUAUGUUCUAUUCAGAUAAAUGUCCACCCUCCUGACAAAGAUCCCUCUUGUUAAUGGGAGGAGGGCAUUUUCCCAGUAACCAAAGCAAACUGUCAUCAUGGUGAUCAAAUGGUGGAUAUUUUCUGUCAGUAAAGUCCUCCAUAACCAGAACAUCAACCCCUCAAGAAAAAUCACAUGAAGUGGGAAAUUAAAGUAAUAAUAAUUUAUGCGGUGAAAUUUUGCACAGACAGACAAUUGCAUAGAGAUGUUUGUAAGAUCAGUACAGAGUAAAUCCUUUUUUUUAUUUUGUUUUGUUUUUACAAGAACCACAAAUGUGCCAGUCCUAAUUAUGUCCAAUCCAAGGAAACGGCUUUGUUAUUUUUGCAUUGUUUCUUACUGCCGAACUGUUUUUUUAUCUUAAUUUAAUUAUCAACCAGUAGAUUUAAAAAAUACCUUGUCAUCGUUUCCUCUGUCAAACCUUUUUUUGAAAUAAAAUUGAACCUCAGUCUGUUCCCAA